ACAUAGCCGUCUCACUCGAUCCCUUUCACACAAACAUAUCUGGUAGCCACUUCAGUAAUUUCAACCACCCCAGAAUAUUUUCCCACAUCUAAUAUAAGCAAGAUGGCGUUAGCAUAACCAUUCUUCUAUUAAUGUUUAAGUCACUGUUAGUCGUCCUACACGUAGAAGGCCCUAUCAACACGAACGCACAUUAGCCUACUUAAAUGAAAUACGCGCCUGCAACAAAAUCUCCUAUGUUCCUUUUCUCCGCACAACUUGUCAGCCAGAAUCUCAACUUAACGACGCAAAAAACACAGCAUCAAAUAGUAGUCAAAUAAUCCGUACUAAACUGACGGUAAGCGCGAUAUUUGUAAUCCUCUAGGGCGCCUUUCAUUUGUGCGUCGCGAUGACGGUGAAGAAAAGGAGAAGGAGGACGGCAAUGCUAAUUAUGUUAUGUCGUCUUGAUUUGUUUACAGUUUACCGGAAGUUCUAGCCGUUGCUUUUUGCGUCUGCGUAUAGCAAAUUAGCGGCCUCGUACAACAAUCGUUACUACACGAUCAAGUAACAAAGGACAGCAACUUCCACCAGCGUGCGAGUUUUUUUUUGUAGCCCAGCACCAAGGAACCAGCUCGCUUAGCGGUAAACAUGCUGGCUCCCUCGAUGGACGCCGUCGACUAUCGACUGAACGGCGUUUAGCCAGACGGCGCUGGUCCGCUGCUGAUGCUGUUCACGCGGACGUCGCUAUCUGCGCCACUGUGCGGAUCGUUGGUGUUUUUUUUACUUACAAGGGCGUUAUUUCUUUUUCACUUGUGUUUACUGGAGGUGUAACAGGCGCGCGGUCAAGAAUCGCGUGUUCUUGAAACGUAUAUCAACAUGGUGAAUUGGAUCGUAUCCCCGUUAGCGCAUCAACGUCGCAUCGAGCUACCAUAUGACGUCUUGAAUUCAUUCGGGUAGCGGCAACGGCAGCGUCGUAGCAUAGCGUAUGAUAACGAUCAUACGUUAACAUCGCAUAGGCGCUGCCGCCUCGUUGUAAUCCAAUGUUAAGUAAUGACGGGCGGACACAGCAGGCCACAUAGAACUAACUGCGUAAAAUUGGCCUGAACAGCUGGUCAGUUGUUAGUUUGCUAAAACAACAGUGUUCAUCCAUAUUGAUGACUGGCAGAAGAAACUCGACGCUGUUACUGUGUGGCGGCUACCGCCCCCGCCCCCCGCUCCCACCAUUGGUGGCUCAGUGAAUGGAUCCUGGGGCUUCUCAGCCGCUAAAAUCUCACCUUGCCCACCUGUAUGCUCUCUCACGUCAAUGACAAUAAUUACACGACUACGAGCAAAUGCAGCUCUGUUAGAUGACCGAAGCAAUGCGACGCGGUUUAAGCGGAUGAUUGUUAGAGGCGAAGGCCAGCGACAAGCACGCAUUUGAUGGCCUGGAACAACAACCGUUCAGCAAACGACAUCGAUCACGGUGAUCUGAGCGAUUCAAAAAAAGACACCUACCUACCUACCUACCUACCUACCUACCCUUACUGUCUAGAAGAAACGAGGCUAAACAGUUACGCAUUCAUAAUGAAGUUCGCGUUCGCUACUACUUGCUUGGGGUUGGUGUCUACCGUUACGGGCCUUAUUCUGACCUAUCAUCAAACUGAUGCCCACCUACAUGACAAGACGCUGUGCGAGGGCAAAUUAGAUCCUAGUAUUGUUAAAGAAAUCCGUUCGUAUCAGGCAGAUGUGGACAAAAUUAUAAAUCACAUUUUGACUACCGAAAAGGGCGAGACAUGGCGUCAGUUGGCGGCGUUUGUUGAUAAACAUGGGCCGCGCUUCACUGGAACAACAGAUCUCGAGAACGCCAUCGAUGACCGAGUGAAAUACUUCACCGACGUGGUUCAACUCGGACCUUCCCAGGUUCAUACAGAGUAUGUUGAAGUUCCUCGUUGGAACCGUGGCGAAACUGAGGCAGUUCUACUGAACGCCUGGGAGGGCGGCAGAAAUAAGACGUUGGGGCUAUUAAGCCUUGGAUAUUCUGUAGGCACUCCCUCCGCCAACGGGCUUACAGCCGAGGCCAUCGUGGUCAGAUCGUUCGAUGAAAUGCACGCCAAACCCGACAGCGAGAUUCAGGGCAAAAUUGUCGUAUACAAUCAGCCCUAUGUCAAUUACGAAACCACAGUGAAGUACAGGUUGAUGGGUGCCUCACAAGCAGCCUCAAAAGGUGCUAUUGCCGCAAUAGUUCGGUCGGUCACUGGUCAUUCUCUGUACACACCACAUACAGGCAUGAUGACAUACGACAGCAAAUUUCCAAAAAUUCCGGGUGUUUGUAUUACGGCAGAAGAAGCGGAUCUUAUGUGGAGAAAGCAGCAAAGAGGUGAAAAGCUGCGUGUUUUUCUUCGGUCAACGGCUCAUCUCGAUGAAAAAACCGUAACUUCACGUAACACAAUAGCAGACUUGAGGGGUACGGAAAAACCUAACGAAUUCGUUGUAAUUAGUGGACACAUCGACAGCUGGGACGUCGGACAAGGCGCUAUGGACGAUGGCGGAGGCGCUGCUAUAACUUGGCGGACUCUCCAGGUGCUCCGCACCCUCGGAUUGGCUCCGCGUCGGACGAUUCGCUCAGUCCUCUUCACCGCCGAGGAAGUGGGUAUUCUUGGCGGAGAGGCCUACUUUGCAAAGCACAAAAAAUCUGCUGCGGAUGUACAGUACAUUAUGGAAUCCGAUUAUGGGACAUUUACACCACUCGGCCUUACGACCGCUGUCAAGAACGACCAAGCACGCUGCGUUCUUCAAGAGGCGCUUUCAAUGCUAAAAUCGAUAAAUGCUACAGCACUGCUAAUCUCCAAUAGUGGACCUGAUAUUAAGCAAUGGUUCGAUAUCGGAGUUCCGGGAGGCUCACUUUACAACAACAAUCCGCGAUACUUCGAUUAUCAUCACACGAAUGCCGAUACUCCGCUUCUGAUGUUACCAGAUGAUAUGGACCGCGCGACUGCUGUCUGGGCGUCAAUGUCCUACGUCCUGGCGCAAAUUAGUGUCCGGAUGGAUCACGAUGCCCCAAGCGAUCCAGUACAGUAAAUCGCCCAGUCUUUCAUUGAGCAGGAGGUUUUGAACGACCAAAAUGCACGUAACACAAAAAUAAUGUUGUCUGUAAAUGUACAUCUAUACUAUACACAUGCUUGGAUUCAAGGAGAUCAA